AUGGCGAAGGAUAUUCUUGUUGUGUUUGGAGCAACCGGUCAACAGGGGGGUUCCGUGAUCGAUUAUGUUCUUGGUGACACUUCAUUAUCUGCCAAGUACCACCUGCGCGCUAUUACGCGAGAUGUGACUUCGAGCUCCGCAUCAUUUCUUCGAACGAAGGGGGUGGAAGUGGUUGAGGGCGAUAUCAAUGAUAAAGCUUCUCUUCAUCGAGCUAUGCGAGACACGCAGGGCGUGUUUGCCAUGACUUUACCACUUUUCAAUGAUGUCGAAGCAAAAGAGCUUGAGAUCACACAGGGGAAACGCAUCGCCGAGGUUGCAGUGGAGGAGAAUUUGAGCUUCAUUAUUUUCAGCAGCCUUCCCGACGUUACGUCCAUCUCCAAGGGCCUUUAUCAGGGGGUUGAUUUCUUCGAUGCCAAAGCGGCAAUUGAGCUUUACAUUCGAUCUUUGCCUAUCACGAGCAUAUUCCUCAUUCCAGGUCUGUUCAUGCAGAAUUUCAGUCAGCAUAUGGGCCCCCAAAGAAAACCAGACGGAUCAUUUGUUUUGUCCAAUGUGGUGCCUCCUACGACGAGGCUUCCGCUUCUUGAAGUUUCUAGGGAUCUUGGUAAAUUCGUUGGUCCAGUGCUCUUGAAGCCGGAGACUUUCAACGGACAAACAAUAUACGCCUUUACUCGGUACUACACAUACGAGGCCGUCGCAGAUGCGAUUAGCCGCGCGACGGGACAGAUUAUUGAAUAUCAGCAGACAUCCACUGAGGUGUUCACGGCUGGKAUGCCUCCGAAAUUUGCCCAGUGCCUGGUGGAGAUGAUGUUGUUUGUCGAGAAGUUCGGAUAUUUUGGCGAACAACCGUCGGUGAUCACCGAGAAGCACGCGAACUUUGCCGCACCAUCAGCUUUGACCUCGUUUGAAGAGUACUGCUCAAAGGUAUCUUGGCAAAAUUCACUUAGCUGA